GACAGUUGAUAGCCGUUUGUCAGUUGUGUGUGUGGGCAAAUGUAAAGGCCGAGCUAACCUGGCUACUUAGUUCAGUUUAAAGAUUAUAUUUACAUUAUGAUAACAUGUUAAAACGUGUUUGCUCGUCCAUUCAACAACCAGGCAUGGCAUUCAAAAUAAAUGCCUUGAAAGUGUGUUUGGCCUGCUAGCUAGUUUGGUGUGGGGGAAACCAACAUAAGCCACAUUUAUUGUCGGCAAAGAUUAAACACCCUACCAGAUAACGUAACGUCAAGCAUUCAAAUAGUAGAUGGCUGUAGGAAGGGUCGGUAGAAAUCAAAUCACCGUGGGGAGAGCCCGUAAACGCUGCGAUGUCAGGCAGGGAAUCAGCCCUGAGAGUUAGCGCAGUGUCAUCAGAUUGCUGCCUCUCUGCACUUCAAAAUGGCCAGCGAGAGAAAUCACAGCCCGCCGCACACACGCACCGUUCCUCCAUUUCCACAACACGUUACUGCGACACCACUGCUAAAAGACGAGCUGAGAGAAGCUGCUCCUGGGUCCAGCCGCGUCGUCGUUUAAAAGCACGGUUGUGCCGUACGAGACUCUGAACAAACGUUUCAGGGCGGCUCAGAAAAACAUCGACCGGGAGACGAGUCACGUGACGAUGGUGGUUGCCGAGCUGGAGAAGACGCUGAGCAGCUUCCCAGUAGUCGACUCCGUGGUGUCACUGCUGGAUGGUGUGGUGGAGAAACUCAGCGCGCUGAAGAGGAAGGCUGCAGAGUCCAUCCAGGCAGAAGAUGAGAGUGCCAAGCUGUGUAAGCGUCGCAUCGAGCACCUGAAGGAGCACAGCAGCGACCAGCCGGCCUCCGUCAACCUGUGGAAGAAGAAACGCAUGGACAGGAUGAUGGUGGAGCAUCUGCUGCGCUGUGGCUACUACAACACAGCUGUUAAACUGGCCAGACAGAGCGGCAUAGAGGAUCUGGUCAACAUUGAGAUGUUCCUCACGGCGAAGGAGGUGGAGGAGUCUCUGGAGAGGCAGGAGACGGCCACCUGCCUAGCCUGGUGCCAUGACAACAAGUCCCGGCUCCGCAAGAUGAAGAGCUGUCUGGAGUUCAGUCUGAGAAUCCAGGAGUUCAUUGAGCUCAUCAGACAAAACAAACGCAUGGAUGCAGUCAGACAUGCAAGGAAGCAUUUCAGCCAGGCGGAGGGGGGGCAGCUGGAUGAGGUCCGGCAGGUGAUGGGCAUGCUGGCAUUCCCAUCAGAUACACAUAUCUCCCCAUACAAGCUGCUGACUCAGGAGGACAGAAGACGACGUGAAUGUGUGAAACCGACUGAUGAUCUUUUGGAUCCUGCCCGCUGGAAAAUGCUGAUCCAGCAGUUCAGAUAUGACAACUACAGACUGCACCAGCUGGGAAACAACUCUGUGUUCACUAUCACUCUACAGGCCGGUCUGUCCGCCAUCAAGACACCUCAGUGCUACAAGGAGGACGGUACCUCUAAGAACCCAGACUGCCCGGUGUGCAGUAAAUCCCUCAACAAGUUGGCCCAGCCGCUUCCUAUGGCCCACUGCGCCAACUCCAGACUAGUGUGUAAGAUCUCUGGGGAGGUCAUGAACGAAAACAACCCCCCGAUGAUGCUGCCUAAUGGAUAUGUCUAUGGUUACAAUUCCCUUUUGUCCAUCCGCCAAGAUGACAAAGUGGUGUGUCCCAGAACCAAAGAAGUCUUCAACUUCUCUCAGGCUGAGAAGGUUUACAUCAUGUGAUCACCCAGAUAACCCGUCUGAGGAUUAACAUGAUCGCAUACAUCGUUCAUCACCUGGCUUACUCAGAGAGCCACCUGUGGAGCUGUGAUCCAGAAACCCCCCACCCUCCCAGACACACCCGGCAUUUCUCACUACCCCCCCCCCCUCCUCAAACACGAUCAUCUCAAGUUCUUCAGUUUCUUUCUUCCUUUUAUUUUACCACACAGAAACUGGGAUCCUCUCCUUUCAGACUGAGAAAGAGGUUGAAUGAUCUGAUUCAUUGAAGCACAUGGACUAUCCACAUCGUCAUGAUCUCAAAGGCCCUCGCUGUGAAAUUUACAGAACAAGGACUGAGGGGAUGAAAAACUGCUAGUUAGACGUUUGAUUUUAUUACAGCAAAUAAAAAAACCUUGUUGAGGUUAUUUUGACUGUGUUCUUUUGUUACUAAAAUAACAUGCAGGUCUGUGGUAACCGGCUAUCCAUAUAAACACAUGACUUUUGGGCAAAACAAACAUGUCUGCCUCCUGUUCGUGUGGUAGCAUCUCGUUCUGUAAUGCAUGCUGUUGACAUCCUUUGUCUUCUAGCCAUGUUUUUGGGUGGAUUGUUGGGGGGAUAUAUGUUAAAUGCCUCUAGUAAACUGCCUACUUUCUUUGCAUUUCAUCCCCCUUGGUUGUGUGAACCGGAGCCUGAUUUGGGCCGCUGUAGGCUCCUUUUCAAAUGUAAAUAUUAGAUAGGAAUUGAUCAUCCUCGUGUGUAAAUUCAGAGGUUUUGGGGACAAGUUACAACGACAAAGAUUAACUUUCUACAAAGAUUGCUGUGUGAAAUGAACAAGUCUUUUUUUGGUGGCGUUUACCUCAAAUUGGAUGUUCAGUAAGACUUCUCACUUCUGAGGAAGCUUUCAUUAUUCAACAAACUUUUAAACAUUGAUUAUGGUGUAUUUACUACCAUAAUGAAGUUUACACAACAUUCAAACAAGACAACCAUCUUUGAUGUUUUUUAAAUUGAGCAAAUUGUCUUCCUUUUUUGUGUUUGGUUUGCCAUUUUUAGUUAAUUUCAACAAAUGUCUCUUCUUACUUCAGCUAUAAUAUAACAUAUUUAUUUUUGUUUAAAGGUAAAACCCUAGAUGUGUUUAGUUAAUUCAACAUUGCCCAAAUAGUUUUAAUUUCAUAACUAUUUUUCCAACAAUUAACAAAAUAAUAGACACUGCUGAUAUUUUUUUCUCUAUGACUUUAAAAACCUAAUGUAGAUGACGGAUGGAUAUGUGAUCGGACCUAGAUGUACACAAAUUCGGACUCAAGUGACAACUAAUGCACAAAUUGUGAAGAAUUUACCCGUAAACACCCACACUAAGAAAUCCAAAAAUGCAUUUUUAUGUUGAUCAGUCUUUUGGUCAAUCAUUUCUUCCAUUUUUCUUUUCUUUCAACAAACCAAAAGUUGCCUCAUUUGUGUCCAUUAAUGAUUUGGAAGUGUAUCUGUAAACGACACAGACUGCCAGUGUCCUGUGUGUUUGUGUUGGUAGAUUAGAUAAAAGGAUUGUUUCAUGAGCAACAUGCCUCAUAAAGAUUUCAGUGAA